AUGCUGAUUGAUGUGCCUGAUGCCGUGAAUGCUGGACCUGCAGAGAAUUUAGAAGCAGCUAUCGCUGAGCCACCUGCAGUCAAUGUCAAUGCUGGGCCUGCAGUCAAUUUAGAGGCAGCCAUCGUUGAGCCACCUGCAGUCCAUGCUCAUGCUGGGCCGGCACCUGAUAUAGCAGCAGCCAUCCCAGAGCCUCCGGCAGUCCAUGCCCAUGCAGGGCCUGCAGCUCACAAUGGUGGAGCUUUUGCCCAUCCACCCUCAGCCAUGGCUUUGCUUCCUUCAGCUGCUGCCCCAGCUGCUGUCCCAGCUACAGUCAACAUGGUUUGCAUCAGAGCUGAAGAUCUCAUGGCUUUUUUUCAAAACUCUUUCAACAAACUUAAUGGAAGCCGUGGUACUGCUAUACAAGAAAUUCAUGAAGAGACAGUCACACAGGCCGCCUUCCAGCAAGUAGUACCAACUAAGCAGAAUGACCCCAAGCCAGUUGCAGAGACACAGAGUGGCUUCAAGCAAGAGGCAGUGCAGCAGCCAGUGGCAGUUAUUCAGACCGUCUCGCAAGAAGUGGCAGUGAAGACUGACUUGCAAGAUCUUAACAAAACUUGCUUUCAAGACGAUGGGCCAGAUGUAUUAAUCAUGAAUUCUCCGACCCCAAACUGCAGCUCCACGGAAAGAUUACGUAGAUCACCCAGAUCACCCAGAUCACCCACUCCAGACUACAGCUGGAUGUUUGAAGAAGACCCGGCUCCUUUUAUAGAGACUGUGAGAUCAAGAUCUCCCUCCCCACCCUUGAACAGUGUUUCCUCUAUGGGAACAUCAAAGGUGUGGGAAUCCCUCAAUGCAGCCAAGAGGGCCUGCUCUGCCGCUGAGUCUAAGAAGUCAGCAUCUCCAUCUUGGAAGUCUGGCUCCAGGAAGAACUCCACUUCUCCUGUGGCUUCUAGAAGCAGGUCAUUGUCCCGUUCUCCCACCUCAUACUGUCAUUCUUUCAUGAAGCGUUCUAGAAGUAGGUCAUCCUCUCUUCAUCGGAAUUUCUCUUCGAAGAGGGCAUCUAGGACCCCCUCUCCUGAGUCCUCCCACAAGUCAAGAAAAUCUUCUAAACGGUCACCUGCAGCGUGGUACUCCAACUCUUGGAAAUUGAGGAGCCCAUCACCCAGCACAAAGCCUUCUGCUGCGGCUUCGAAGAGGGCAUCUAGGACCCCCUCUCCUGAGUCCCACAAGUCAAGAAAAUCUUCUAAACGGUCACCUGCAGCGUGGUACUCCAACUCUUGGAAAUUGAGGAGCCCAUCACCCAGCACAAAGCCUUCUGCUGCGGCUUCGAAGAGGGCAUCUAGGACCCCCUCUCCUGAGUCCCACAAAUCAAGAAAAUCUUCUAAACAGUCACCUGCAGCGUGGUACUCCAACUUUGGAAGAUCGAGGAGCCCAUCAACUAGCAAGAAGGUUUCUGCUGCAGCUUCGAAGAGGGCAUCCAGGACCCCCUCCCCUUCUGAGUCUCACAAAUCAAGAAAAUCUUCUAAACAGUCACCUGCAGCGUGGUACUCCAACUUUGGAAGAUCGAGGAGUCCAUCAACUAGCAAGAAGGUUUCUGCUGCAGCUUCGAAGAGGGCAUCCAGGACCCCCUCCCCUUCUGAGUCUCACAAAUCAAGAAAAUCUUCUAAACAGUCACCUGCAGCGUGGUACUCCAACUUUGGAAGAUCGAGGAGCCCAUCAACUAGCAAGAAGGUUUCUGCUGCAGCUUCGAAGAGGGCAUCCAGGACCCCCUCCCCUUCUGAGUCUCACAAAUCAAGAAAAUCUUCUUCUAAACGGUCACCUCAUGCUGCGUGGUACUUCAACUCUGGGAGAUCAAGGAGCCCAUCUCCUACCUCCUCCCGUUCUAAUUUUAGACAUUCCUCCUCAAGGAGAUCGAGAUCUCCAUCUCCCCAGUUGAAAUUGAACAGCAAUCCAGGCUCCUCCUUUAGAUCAGCGAGAGCCUCCACUUCCAGGAGAUCCCAGUCUCCUCCCUGGUCUCAAACAGCUGUCAACUCCAGGAGGCUGUCGCCUGAUUUUAAAUUCUCCGAUCUCCCAUCUUCUGAUGACCGGGCAGAUCCAGACUUUGCUCCGACCAAGAAGCCAAAAGCCUCUGGCAAGGGCCCUGCUAAAAGGAGGGGAAGACCUCCCACCAACAAAACAGAAAGCAAGUCUGAAGGUGUGCUCUGUGCAAUUUGCAAGGAGACAUCGAAGGGGAAGUUUUCGAAUACGAAGUGUGGGCAUGUAUUUCACCCUCCAUGCCUGCAAGGGUGGAUCACCUCAAAGAACCAAAUCGAUCUCCCUAUGAAAACCUGCCCAACGUGCCGAAGUAAUUUCGAUAUGAAGGAUGUUAACCCCGUGUACUUUUAG